UGUACUGCAACCAUCGAGAGAGACGCCACUCCGCGGCCUCUCUUGAAGAUCCUCCUCAAAUUGGCCAGACAGCCGGCCGUAAGUGCGCCUCCCCGAGCUCUUUACGCAUCGGCUGCGCCCCCAUAUCUGACAACUCGUUAUAGAAGGAAUUUAAUGCCAUGUUUUCCUGCGCACUUUUCCCUACUGCGGGCUGGCCCCAUUAAUUUGCUCUUCAGGCUGCAAGCUCAUCUCCCAUAGAAUCUCUCUAGCUAUAGACACAAGGCGUAACUUGAGCAGGAGCCCUCCGACUAUUCCAGGCGACAAUUAAUUGCAUCCAUCUCACGCAGCAAAGAAGAAAGCUUUUCGCGUGAACUAGCAUCGCGCUGUACGCGCAGCCGUUAAACACUUUCCAAAUUUGUUUAAUGUCCUGCCGAAGUUUGCUGCAAGCCUCCAGAUAUAUAUAUCCCUCCACCCGUAGCUGCGCUUUCCCAAGCAAGCGUGCUGUUUGUUUAAGGUUUGGGGCAAGAUCGAUGGAGGGACAGAAGAAGGUGGCCAUGGAGGUGGUGAAGGGGAAGGAGGAAGCGGCUGCCGAUGUGAGCCUGAAGCAGCUGUCCAAGAAGCUUGAUGACUUCGCCCAGGAGAGGGACUGGGAAAAACACCACAGCCCGAGGAACCUUCUGCUUGCUUUGGUCGGGGAAGUCGGGGAGCUGUCGGAGCUGUUCAUGUGGAAAGGGGAGGUGCCGAGAGGGCUGCCGGGCUGGGACGAGGCGGAGAAGGAGCACCUCGGCGAGGAGCUCUCGGACGUGCUGCUCUACCUGGUCCGGCUCUCGGACAUGUGCGGCGUCGACCUUGGCGACGCCGCCUUGAAGAAGAUCGUCAAGAACGCCGUCAAGUACCCGGCACCGUCCAAGAGCGCCUGAUGAUCUGCAAGACAACAACAGUGUCUCUGCUUCUUCUUUGCUGCUUGACCAAAAGUGAAUUUUUUGGGACUCUUAGGAUGAAACAUGUGGUUGGUUGGAUUAUAGUAGUUAUGCAUGGAAUGCCUGAA